GCUGAUUCGAUCCCAUCCGUUAUAGGUCUUCGUCACUGGGAUUUUCCCCGGCUAGUUGAAAAUUCCCGGAGUGGGAACAUGGAUUUCCAGUAUUUCUUGAUUUUCUUCGGUUUCGUCUCUGGUCGUUCAAGGGUUUACUUCUUGUUUCUGCCAAGAUGAAGCGAUCACGGAGGAUUGAAUUGUGGAAUCAUUUCACUAUUCUGGAUCAAGAGUAUGCGAAAUGUGGUUUAUGCGGCAAAAAAUUGUUGUACAGCACCAGCACGACGAACUUGAAGAAACAUAUCGAAAGGUCGUAUAUAAUAGUGAACUUUGCGACAAAUUCUUCAAGAUCCAUCGACCCUGUGUUGCCAGAGCUAGGUGAAGCCUCUCUUGCAGUGGAGUUGCCAGAAGAAGGCACCACAGCCAGCAGCACACUGGGGGAAGCAGUUCCCUCCACAUCACAGCAUCAGACAGCCAUCACAGAAUACGUUCCCAAAGAGGUGGGACUGAUUCAAAAGAAGAAGGUGGACAGCAAAUUAAUGGGUCAGUUCACAAAAAACUAUCAACCUUGCUCUAUUGUAAAUGAAUCAGGGGUUCGUAGUUUUGUAUGUGCACUGAACCCCGCUUACUAUAUCCCGGGUAGAAGGGCUGUAACAAAUGUAAUGUUGCCAGCAGCAUAUGCAGAAGCAAAUGAGAAAGUACAACAAAAGCUGAAAGGUAUAAAGACAAUCUGUUUAGCAUCAGCUUCUAACGAAAGUUAUAUGGCUGUGACUGGACACUUCGUAAAUGAACACUUCAGAUUACUGUCUGUACUGCUGGAAUGCAGUCAUUUCUGUGGAGCCCACCCAUAUUUAUCCACAGCUUUUACUAAAAUUACAGAAAAAUUCAGUCUCUGUGGCGAAAUUUUAAUGGUGGUCACGGACAAUGCACCAUAUAUGAAAAAUGCAGUUUCCACCAUUCUCAAGUGGAAACAUUUUGGUUGUUAUGCCGAUACACUUAAUUUAGUUGUGCAGGAUGCACUUAAAAAUGUUCAGGAAGUCCACCAGAAAGUCAAGACAAUUGUAGGUUUGUUUAAAAGGAGCAGGAGUGCAACAGAGUGUCUCUUAAAAUCCCAACAGAACAAUUGUUGAAUUAUCGGAGACAGUAAAAAUUACAGUUGCCCUCUGUAACAGGCUCACAGAACUUGCAUCACUGUCAAAUGAUGAGUGGGAAAUCUGCUCCGAACUGUGUUCGAUUUUGAAACCAUUUGAGCAGGUUUCGUGGCAGCUCAGUGCAGAGGAGUACCCAACUGGCAGCUUGGUUAUAGUCCUGACACAUGGCCUUCUGGCAGUGUGUGAUGAUUGAUGAAAUAGCCAAAAUGCGGUUACAUGAAGUUUCAAUGAAAGUUGUUGAUGCAUUGAAAGAGGGGCUUACUAACCGGUUUUCGAAUCUUGAGCAGAGCAAAUCCAUUGCCUUUGCUACUCUGCUGGAUACAUGAUUCAAAUUGCUGGUAUUUCAGAACCAGGCAGCAGCAGACAACACAAAGGAACAGUUAGUUAAUAUUGUUGCCCAGAAGCUGGAAAAAUGUAGGCCAGACAGCCUUCACAACAACCUGUUGAGCCAAAUAAUUUGUCAACAGUCCUUCUCUGUGUGGGGCAUAUUUGAUAAGCUAGUGAAACAUGCACAGCCAUAGGGCACAGUACAGUCAUGCUAUUGUAAAGGUCCAGAGGUAUGUUGACAGCUCAGUCAUCAGUAGAAAUGAAGAUCCCCUGGCAUGGUGGAGACAAAAUCAGUUCAUUUACCCAACCAUUGCAAAAGUAGUGCAAGAGAGAUUAAAUGUUGUAGCAACUUCUGUGCCUUGUAAGAGGGUCUUCUCAAAAACUGGACAUAUAAUAAACGACAGAAGAACCCGCCUCAAGUCAUCGAAUAUAGAAAAACUAAUAUUUCUGAAUGCCAAUGGUACUUGUGAUUAGAUACUGUUGCUGAAAAUUGUGGACCUGUGUGAGGUUUGCUUCCGUGGAGGUAACUAGGCACUUCCAACGCAACCAAACAAGACCACACAACUGUAUGAUGCCUAGCAAUAUUACAAUGUGUAACUGGGCACUUUCAACACAACUGAAAAAUGUGAAGGUCUUAAGGGUGUCAAUUGUUUGCUCCGAAUUUGAAGUAACUGUACUCAUUUGUCAAAGCUAUGUCCCAUCUGUAACAUGUAAUGUCUCAGGAUGUCUAACUGUGCAGUGGAGGACCAGACUAGCAGGAACGCACAGGAGUUGGAGUCGAGUCCGCUGUACAUAAUGUUAGCACCAGCCCCAGACAUUGCACAAGUCCCACCCAUUCAUUCACCCUCGUCCACACCUAUCCAUAUCGUGAGCCCCACCCAUGGUCUGCUUCAUGUCCCGACAUCAAAGUUGUUAGUAUCAAAGAUAUGCCAGUCAUAAAAACAAGAGAGAAAAUCAGAAAUAUGGAAGAAAUUCAGCUUUUCUGUUACCAUUGUAAAAAGAGCAUAUUAUUAAAGAAAUAGAAAUAUGUAUAUUGAAUAUACGAGUUGAAAAAUCAUCAAUAAGAAACAAAAAUAAAAUUCAUGGGCUUUUGUCUGCAGUAUACAAGAAAUCUGGUAUUUGUUAACUGCAGUGAGUGUUAAUAACCAUCAACUCACUUAUUGUAAGAAAUUCUGUUGGGAAAUAUUUAUUGGUUGUAAACGCCAAGGAUGCAGAUUAUCAUCUUGAUUGUCUAAAGUUAAUGUUGUGCAUAAACAAGCCAAAAUCAAUGUCUUUGUUUGUUUCUGAUACCUCAUCAGAAUUAAAUAUAAGGGUGAGAUAAUGCAGACAGACAUUUAGGUACAUGACAUAAGUUAUUAGUACUUGCUUGUGUAAUUGGUGAAUUUUUACUUGUGAACUCUUGUGACUGAUUGCUUAGUGCAGAUACAAGAUUACAUUUUAGUUCUUCUCUACUGUUUGAGAGAUUUAGAGCUGCCUAUUGUUAAACAUUUGUACAUAAUGUUGUCAGUGUCAUUAAAGUCCAUCUUAUCGUACUUUAAUGUCUGUUAGAUUUUGGUUUUGACAGCAGUUGGUCAGAACAGUCAAGAUUAGGUGUCUUGUGUAUGACAAUUUUAUUGAAAGUGCAUAUCUGUGUUUCAUUCUGAUAGUGUAUUAGUCUAUAAAUAUUGGCAUUUCCAGUUUACUGUAAUUUAUUCACACAGUUUGACAACCUCCUGAUAAAUGAUCAGGGUAGUGAGUAUUCAAAUGUUUUGUUUAUUUGAUAUUUUCUGACUUGUUCUACACCCAUGAGUCAUCUCAUUUUUGGGUCUAUGGAACGAAAACUGAAUCCAAUCCAUAGUUAAUAAUUGGGACCUGGAUGUAAGAAAUAUGUUAGCAGAAUGGAAUGGCAUAAAACAAGUACUACAUAGCUUUAUAUAGCCAAAACCAUUGUUCUUAAUUGCAUUGCUAAAUUCUAUUUCCAUCCUUAAAACUCAGAAGCAAACCUUAAAACUGUCUGGAUCACAUACACAAAGUUUGGGUUGCACUGGCAGCAAUACAGUGAUUUGGCUCCCCUGCAGAACUUCAGCCAGAAUUUGUAUUGUCACCAAAAAAUGGUUCAAAUGGCUCUGAGCACUAUGGGACUAAACAUCUGAUGUCAUCAGUUCCCUAGACUUAGAACUACUUAAACCUAGCUAACCUACGGACAGCACACACAUCCGUGCCCGAGGCAGGAUUCAAACCUGCGACUGUAGCAGCAGUGUGGUUCCGGACUGAAGCGCCUAGAACCGCUUGGCCGCAACAGCCGGCUAUUUUGUCACACGUACUGCCCUAAUUCUGAAAGUUACCUCUCAGCUAGUAUGUUGCUUUACAUUCUCAUUAUUUCCAGCUCAUUAUUCUUUCACUGAUUGUGUUACACAAAUAUGCCACAAGCUUUGAGGUUACGGUUUUCAGUUUUUGUUUUUCAUCACACUGAGAUCUACUUUUUCCUAAGCUGUUCACCUAAAUACCGAGUACUUAUGUUUAAAGAAUCUGAUGUAAGUUCAGGUGCCAUCAUUUUCACCUACAUUUUCUUUAGAAGUUGCUGUCACAGGUGAAACCAAAUCAACAAGUGUUAUGUUUUGAAAUAUAUGUCUUAUCAACUUUGUGGAUUGUGAAUUAUUAGCCUCAUAACAUACAAUCACAAAUCAUGUGAUUAUGGUACAGGAGACACGUCAAAAAUUAUGUACUAGAAUCUAAAUAGUUUUAAAAAUUAUUAGUCUAUGUAACAGUAUCUAUAUUUUCUUAUUUUCCAGCAUAGGUAAGUAUCUUUCUUGAUAAUGGACAAUUUUUGUU